UUAUGCCAAAUUACAGUGGCGUUGUUUGUCUGUAUGGCUUGCGUCACAUCCGACGUUAAGGACAACAGGAAGUAUUGACUCGUGAACCUGUGUAUUGAGUUUACUGAAGUAAUACCUAAAAUCUGUGCAGACACUGGAUGUACUACAUUGUUCCCUCUAAUCGAGUGUGUGUGGGGAUAUGUCUGAAUCUCCGGAAACACAUAGCCUUGUGUCAGCUUCUUCACAACUCAACCUUACAGAUACAGAGGAGAUAGAUGACAAGGAGUUUGACAUUCCCCAGGUUGAUACACCACCUACACUAGAGAGUAUACUGAAUGAGCCUGAAGAUGAAGAUGAGUCUUUUAUUUUGGAUGACCCAUCUCUUCUCAACAUUGAAAACAUUGAUGCACACUCCUGUGAAACAUCAUCACUGGCAAGUUCCGACAGUGGAGAUCGGGCCCAUUUUAAGUUUACUGAUGACCCAACUCUUGCUAUUUGCAAUGACAGUGGUGGCUCUGUGUUUGAGCUGACUUUUAAGAGAGUAAUGGGACUGAGGACAUGUGACUCUCGCUGUCUGUUUAGUGGCUCCAAAGGAGAAGUUUGUUGCAUUGAACCAUUACGUGCAAAAACUGAACUUCGAGAUCAUCCAAUAAAUCAGUAUUCUUUGCUGGCGAUGGCUUCACUCACUAAGAUUUUGAUCAUUGGAUUAAAACCAUCUCUGAAAGUAUGGAUGACCUUUCCUUAUGGACGUAUGGAUCCUGCAAGUGUACCACUUCUUUCUUGGCAUUUUGUUGCCAUACAAAAUUCAGUCAAUCCAAUGCUGGCUUUCUGCAGGGGUGAUGUUGUACAUUUUCUUCUUGUAAAGAGGGAUGAAUCUGGUGCUGUACAUGUCAGCAAGCAAAAGCAACUCCAUCUCCAUUAUGAUCUUAUAAAUUUAACGUGGAUCAAUUCACGAACACUACUCCUUCUGGACAGUGCAGAGAAGUUACAUGUUAUAGAUCGUCAGACUCAGGAGGACCUGGAAACUCUGGACAUUGCUGAUGUUCAGCUUGUAUACAACAGCAGCCAUUUCAAAUCUCUAGCUACAGGUGGAAAUGUUAGCCAGGCACUGGCACUGGUCGGAGAAAAAGCUUGCUAUCAGUCAAUUGGUAGUUAUGGUGGCCAGAUAUUUUACCUGGGAACAAAGUCUGUCCAUGUGAUGAUGUUAAGAACAUGGCGAGAGAGAGUGGAGCACCUUGUGAAGCAGGAGCGUUUUACUGAGGCUUUGGCACUGGCCUGGUCCUUUCAUGAAGGAACUGCAAAGGCAGUCAUUGGACUGGCUGGGGAUCCCAACAAGAGGAAAGGAGUUGUAGCUGAUAAGAUGGUUGAAAUCCUUUUUCAGUAUGCUGAUCGAGCUCUGAAGAAGUGUCCAGAACAGGGUAAACUUGAAGUGAUGGAACAGUAUUUUGAGGACAUGGUGCCUGUCAUGGUUGAUUACUGUCUUCUGCUCCAGCGCACAGAUCUUUUGUUUGGCCAGAUCUAUAAUAAGCUAAGUGAAAAUUCUGUGGCAAAAAGUGUUUUCCUGGAGUGUCUGGAACCAUACAUUCUAAAUGAGCGCCUGCCUGGUAUUACACCACAAAUAAUGAAGGAACUACUUACUUAUCUUCAAGAAAAUGGCAUGAUGGAGGACAUCGAGACCUGUAUUGUGCACAUGGAUAUCACAAGCCUGGACAUUCAGCAAUUAGUUCAGAUGUGUUGGGAAAACCACCUUUAUGAUGCCAUGAUAUAUGUCUACAACAGUGGAAUGAAUGAUUAUAUCACUCCAAUGGAGAAAUUGUUUCAUGCAAUAGGUCCAACUCUUCAUUCUGGAAAAUCACUGACAGAUGAGCAAGUUGUCAUGGGUAACAAGCUGCUGGUAUAUAUAAGCUGUUGUCUGGCUGGACGUGCUUAUCCUUUGGGGGAUAUUCCUGAAGAUCUCGUUACCUUGGUUAAGAACCAGGUAUAUGACUUUCUGAUCUGUCUACAUUCCCAGGAGUCAGAUUCUGAGGAGGAGGUUUAUCCUUACAUUCGGACACUUUUGCAUUUUGACACCAGAGAGUUUCUAAAUGUGCUAGCACUGACCUUUGAAGACUUCAAGAAUGAUAAACAAGUAGUGGAGUACCAGCAAAGGAUUGUGGACAUACUACUAAAGGUUAUGGUGGAUAACUCUGACUUCACUCCAUCACAAGUUGGAUGUCUGUUUACUUUUCUUGCACGUCAGCUUGCUAAACCAGACAACACCCUGUUUGUUAACAGAAUGCUGUUUGAUCAGGUCCUUGAAUUUUUGUGUUGUCCAGAUGAUGAUUCCCGACAUGCAGAACGACAGCAGGUUCUACUAGAGCUGUUGCAGGCUGGUGGAAUAGUUCAGUUUGAUGAAAAUAGGCUGAUUCAUUUGGCCGAAAGAGCCGAAUUCUACCAGAUCUGUGAAGUUUUGUAUGAAAAGAAGCAUAUGUAUGCACAAAUUGUCCAUUGCUACUUGAGAGACUCAGUAAGAAAGAAAGAAGUUUUUAAUUAUGUGCAUGAUAUCCUUUCCAUUCCUGGGUACAGUCCUGAGGAGAAACAGUCUGUAUGGCAUAAAACAAUGGAAUGUGUUGAGGAGCUAAUUUCUGUUGACCCUUCAAAGGCUGCUGAUUUGGUUGCAACUCACUUUGCUGAUGAGAUUCAAGUUAUCAUUGAGAAAAAUAAGGACCAGCAUUUACUCUUUCAGUUUCUGAAAAGCCUUAUUGAUCCUAGGUUCAGCUGCCCGCAGGAAGAACUUGGAGAAGGUGCACAGAUGAACCAGGAAAUCUUGCAGAUGAAUCCUAAUAUCAUCGAGCUGUAUGUUGAACUACUCUGUCAGUACAGCCCCAUGGAUGUUAAAGAAUUUUUGCAGCUCUCUGAACACUACCGAUUGGAUGAGACUAAUCAGAUAACACAGAAACACCAGCUGUAUGAAGCUUCAGCAUAUCUACUAGAAAAGAAAGGAGAUGUGCAAGGCUCCUUCCAAGUCAUGCUUAAAGUACUGAAGAGUAAGCUUUCAAAACUGAGCAAUAAUGAAGAAUUAAAUGAAAAGCUCCUGAAGGAUAUCGAAGAUACCUUGGAAGAGACAAUUUCAUUAUGCCAGAGGAAUUCUCAUAGUCUGAACCAGCAGCAGCGUGAUGCUCUUUGGUUUCCACUGUUGGAAGCUAUGAUGUCAGCCCAGAAACUGCUAAAGGGUCCAGCAUCUCAACAAACAUCUGAACAGGUAAGCUACAACUAUAUUUCAUAUCCUUUUCCAGGGGUCAAAAAGGAGACAGGAAAAUGUCUUUCAGGAAAUUGCAAGGUUUUCAACAGAACAGUCUUGGGGACAGGCUUCCCCGAGACAGAGGCAAUUCCAUGGGAUGUUGCCCAUGGGGCAGAGGCAGUACAUAAAACCAAGGUUUCUGUGGAUAUCUUACAGAGAAACUUUAUUAGCAUCCCUAAACACUUGCCCAACUGCUGCACUCUGGAGUUUACUAAGUUUACAUUACUACUUUUCAAUAAAAUUGGCUUUGGUCAUCCAUCUGGUAGCACUUCUGGCAGUUUGAAGUCGUCAUCUGAAGCUACAUUGGACCCUCAACAAAUUCAGGCUUUUGAUGAGCUUCGGCGCCUUUACAAGGGAACUUCAAGGCAUGCAGUCCUGACUGAGCUUUCUCAUACUCGUGGUAAUGAAAGGUAUGGUCUACAUAACCGUGCCCAAGGAGGCUUUGCCUCUAGCAGCAUCUUUCUGAAUGAAAAUUUCAAGCUACAUCUUGCACCUCCUCCAGCUACUGAUGACUGACCUUUAUGGAGUUAUUGGACUUUUUUAUGCACUCUACACAACUCAUUUAAUAAAAGUGUACCAGACAGCUGCAGUGGAUAUUUGACUUCAUUUGCUGGCAGCAAAUACCAUCCUUUAUAUAGAAAAUUCACAAAUUGAUCCAAUAAACACUUGGCAGUAUAACAGA